ACCAGCAUUCGUCGUCUGUCACAACUCACAAAGAGAAAUCGACAAGAAGAUGGCCGCCAAGCGUGAGGCCAGCGUUGCCGGGCAGCUGCUCGUCGUCGCCCUCGUGGUGGUGCCGGUGGCCAGGGGGGAGGCCAAGGCCGCUUGCCUCAGCGAGUACUCCAAGCUCUGCGGCAAAGACGAGAAGAAGGACGCGGCGUGCGCCACCGAGGCCAACAGCGUGGCCUUCAUCGAGCGCUUGUUUGCCGAGCUCGCCACGGUCGGCCAAAAGAAGCGUGAAUCAAACACCCAGCCCACGUCUGGGGGGCAGGACGCCCUGAACGGAUCCGUCGACAAGCAUGGCGGCUGCCCCGGCAACAAGACGGUCUAUGCAUUCUCCUCCCAUUGCGCCGUGGACUGCGACAUGGCAUGCAAGGAUCCUACUUGCUCCGACCGCUGCUACAUCGACUGCCCCUAUACGGCCGCAAGAUUCGGCUACAUCAUGGCCACCCCGGCCAAUAAGGGCCAGUUCUUUUGGGCAAUUCUCCCAGAAUUGACCCCCUCCCCAGCUUCUCCCAGAAUUGCCACUUAAUAUUUUUUUACAAUUCCUAGCUAGUUAAGGCAUGAUUUGAAAGGAACUAUUAUCUUGCUGGCAUUUAUCACUUAGCUAAGAGCCCAAAAGUAACAGCAUACCAGGGUAGCAACAUACACUGCCCAUCCACAAAAGACCCACCAGUGGUGCGGCCAACUCCAGGAUAGCCGCGCUAUGAACUAUCUACACGACAUCGAUCUAGCUGGGUGUUCCCCGCAACUCACCAUUAGCAACUACCUAUUCACAUGUGUGCUGACAUUCUCCAACCAAAGUCACCACGCCACGGCAAUAUGAUCUCUCAACACACACAAAAGACUCACCAGUACCACGGCCAACUCCACAACACAAAAUACUAUCUACACCGCACCUAGAAGGGCG